CUGCCAAAAUCAUUUGUUUACGUCGAGUAAUGAAAGAACUUUUUUCCUAAUAGGAAAUCGCGCAUCCAAUAAAAUAAACUUUUCCUAAUGGCUCCACAACCGGUCGUAACUGGGCUUUCACCAAAAGAGGGUCCACCAGGCACUCGUGUUAUAAUACGUGGAGAGUUCCUAGGUACAAGAGCCACCGACCUUAUAGGACUGAAAAUUUGCGGUUCUGAUUGCCUGCUAUCCGCGGAAUGGAAAUCAGCCAAUAAAAUAAUAGCACGUACAGGACCUGCAAAGGGCAAAGGCGAUAUUAUUGUGACUACUAUUAGUGGUGGUGAAGGCACAUCGACAGUGCAAUUUCGUGCAUAUCAUGAAACUAUUGGCCCCUUGAAAGAGUCGGCAGUAUGGAUAGAGGAAUCUCCAUCACAAAAUUUUGCUUGGGGUCGACGCACUUUGGCGCAAUCAGUUUUGACGCAGGAAGAUCCUCUCGGUUUAUCUAUUGAGGGUAAUGAGCAGAAAAUACCGGAAGAUUUGCGAGAUUUGUUUCCCGAUGCAAGUGGUGAUUUAUCACAAGAUAAUUUUUCACCUGCAUGGUUUUUGCUUGAGAAUCACUUGGCCACUUCUUUUGAGGAUUUGAAGGCUGGCUUAGCCUAUUUGAAGCGAAAAGUAGAGAGUCAAAAGGAAGGACAAUUGUCAUUUUUGAAGUCUAAUGCAGGUUCUGUGAUUGAUCAGUUAGACACGCUGAUGAAUAUUCGAGAUAAGUUGCAAGAAGAUACGCGCAUAUAUGGUACAGAGCCCCUAAAUGUUCUCGAGAGUUCUAUAGAUAAUUCCAUUAGUGAAUCACAAAAUAUUUUCACUGAAGUAUUAUUACGCAAAGAGAAAGCUGACUCCACACGAGCUGUUCUAUUUGCACUUUCGCGUCACAAAUUUCUAUUUUGUCUGCCAAAUUCAGUGGAGCGACGCGCACAGGCUGGUGAAUAUGAUAUAGUAGUAAAUGAUUAUGCGCGUGCUAAGAACCUGUUUGGAAAAACCGAAAUACCGAUGUUUCGACGGGUGCUCGAGGAAGUGGAUCAGCGUAUUCUACAAAUUCGGAAGCAGCUGCACGAGAAAGUAGUUAAAAUGCCUCAAAGUGUGGAGCAGCAAAAGAAACUGAUAAAAGCGCUGACCAGUUUAGAGGUACAACAGAGCGGCACUACAAUUGGUGAUCGCUUGCGUAAUGCCGAUCCAGCUUGGGAUGCUAUUGAAGCACGUGCGAAAUAUUUAGAAUUCACUUUCAAGCAAGCGUUUGAACAGUAUGCAUCGAAGGAUCAAGCAGGGCAAGAAAAAUCCAAGAACCGCGAAAAUACCAAUCAACCGCAUAGUCGAGUACUCUUCUGUGAAGAGAUUUGUGAUAUUGCUGCAUCCCAAUUGCCAGAUUUGUGGCGGCUAGGCCAGUUAUAUUUCACGGGUGAACUGCGUGGUGCACAUGAUCCCAAACCAGGAGAUUUCAAGCGCAUGGUUUUAAAUGCAAUCGAAAAAUUCUGCGCUUACUUGCGUGUCGCUGUACUCAUUGCUUCAGACUUGCGUGCGUUGCGUCAAACAACUGGCUUGGCCUGGCCAAUAGGCUCGUCAUCUGCUACCCACCAAUUUCUGCCUUGGAUAUCGCAGUGUUUGCGUUAUACGCGCAUCACAUACGCCACUCUUAUACGUUUAGAUUUACCGUCUGAGGCAUUGGAUAUCAUACAGAAGUUAAUUGAUGAAAUACGCAUUUUCUGUUUCUCAAUAACUUUCAAACGCGCUACUGAUCGCUGUAAGAAGCUAGGGGAACAAGAAACUUGGGAUAUGGGAGUCGAAGACUUUCCAGGCGCAACAAUGUUGCCAAAUUGUUUAGAAAAACUAUUGAUAGAGACGCUGGAUGAGACGCAAAGCACAUGCAUGAACCCAGAAAUAAGAGAAGGAAAUUUACUGGAGCCACAAUCAGAUGGCCAAAGGGAAGUGUCACAACGUUUACAAGAAUUUCUAGCAACAUUCUGCGGCGUUAUUGAAGAGCUAGCCUAUCAGUCACAUGACGAGGAAACACCAACACACAAUGUUUCGCAGCUUAUUGGCUAUCCAAAUGUGCAGCAAAGCGGUAUGAUGUCUGGACGAUUUUGGAGCUCAAGCGUUAUUACUUGGGAGCAACGCAUGCUUUGUUGCCUGGCCAACUGCGCCUAUUGCAACAAGAGCUUCUUUCCACACGUAGGCGAUGUUUUUGUUAAAUACGGUUACCCAUUGCCCACACUGGCAAUUGAAACUUCACGCUAUUCCGUAAAUCAACUAUUCACAAAUCUUCUGGAGGCCUAUGUAGAACAUAAGGGUGAUCCGUUGGUUGGCACAAUAGAACCAUCAAUGUAUUUGGGUCGUUUUCAAUGGGACAACGAAAUGGAAAUCGGCAAACUGCGUCCAUAUGCGCACGAAUGCGCUGAUAAUUUAGUCGGUGUCUAUUCAGAGAUAUAUACCAUAUCACCAGCAUUGCUGCGCCCAAUACUUGAACCGAUUGUGCUUACCGUUUCUGAGGAGCUGGCGCGCCUGAUGAGCUGUGUGCAAGAAUUUAGCUACACUGGCGCCAUACAAGCGAAUGUCGAUAUACGCUUGUUAAGAGAUGCCUUAAAAUUCUAUACAAAUGAGACCGGAAAAAAUUAUUUCCUUGAAGCCUUGGAGGCUAUAAAACCACCACUUAAUGCGGAGCAAUUAAAAAAAAGCGAUGCAAUUUUGGAGCGUGUAAAAGAAUGCAUGAAGUUGCAACUAAUGUGCUUCGCAGUCAAGGAUCCGUGAAUUUGAUUGUUACGGUGAAAUAUGCAAAAAAAAAAAAUCGUAAUUCAAAUAUGUAUUAAGCCUAGGUGUUAAAGAUACUCAUAUAUUUAUUCCAAUUUGAUUGCUACGAAAAUUUGAAAUACACUAUCCAAUAUACAGCCAUGGUCAUAUAAAUAGCACAUUAAGACUUUGAAAGCAAAGAGUUGAAUAUGUUUUUAAAUAAUUAUUUUUUAUUGGGGGAAAAAUCAACAUAAAAAUUAAAAAACUUAUUUAUUUCCACUUUAAAACAAAAGAAAUGGUCAAACACUUCAAAACAAAAAUAAUGAAUAGGAACGCAAAAAAAUCCAACGAAAAAAAACGGUAAAUUCCUUGCAUAAAUGUAAGCCUAAUAACGAUAAUAAAUGUAAACAAACAAAUUUAUUUGAUCAAAGCAGAGUUCGUACUAAAAAAUUAACUUAACAUAUAAGGUUUACAUUUAUGCUAUUUAUCUGUCCAUGGCUGUAUGUACAUCCAUACCUACAUAUGUACUCGUAUUUAAAAACAAAUAAUAAUUAUGUUGUGCAUAUAAUCUAGAGAUCUAACCGACUGAGCUGCUACUCCAAAUUUUUUGGUGUGUUGAUGUGUAAAUUAUUUUAAUUUAAAUGAUAAUUGCGCGCAUGUUUUGGUUUUAUUUUGUUAACCGUUGUUGAAAACACUUCUUAUGCAUAUCGACCUAACUUAAUAUAGGGUUAUUCAAUAGGUGCGCUUCAACUUUUUUCCGAUAGGGAGGGCGAACGACGCAAUAUUUUUUAUUUUUCGCUUGUCAUUUGUAAACUUCAUUAGUAUACAUUUCAUCAUGGAACGCUACACACUUGAGCAACGAUUGCAAAUCGUGCAAAUUUUUUAUGAAAAUAAUCGUUCUGUUGCUGCUUCUUUAAGAGCAUUACGUCCAUUUUACGGUCCAUUUAACAAGCCGUCCCGUUUUGUGGUUAUGUGAAGUCAUUGGUCUACAGUAACAACCCGGCGACGA